AUGUCUGCGUCAGAAAUUUACAAAUUUUAUAACGAUCAAAACGUUUUUAUUACGGGGGGUAGUGGUUUCGUAGGAAAAGUUUUAAUCGAAAAACUACUAAGAAGUACUAACGUUCGCACUAUUUAUGUUUUAAUUCGACCAAAGAAAGAAUGCGAUGCCCAAAAACGGUUUCACAACAUUUUUGACAACAUACUUUUCGAAAAAUUGAAGAGCGAACAACCUGAAUUUAGGAAUCGGGUGGUACCCAUCCAUGGCGAUUGUACCACAACAAAUUUAGGUAUUUCAGAAAAAGACAACGAAAGACUGAAGUCUGAAGUGAACAUAGUGUUUCAUGUUGCCGCUGCUAUUUUCUUCAACCAGCAUAUUAGUACGGCCUACGCUAUUAACUGCAAAGGUACAGAAAAUGUGUUAUCACUUUGUAAAGAAAUGAGUGUUUUGAAGGUGUUUAUACAUGUGUCAACGGCUUACUCCAAUUGUAAUCGUCCUUAUGUUGACGAGAUUAUAUACGACACUCCCAGUAAAUACACACAAGUGGAAAAUUUAUUAAACAGAUUGACAUUGAAAGAAGCUCGAAAGUUGACUCCUAAGUUACUAGAGUCGUGGCCCAACACUUACACUUUUACAAAAGCUUUAGCUGAAAAUCUAGUACGAGACAAGUCCGGGAAUUUUCGUGUAGGAAUUUUUCGUCCAGGGGGUGUAACAUCCACCUACAAGGAACCCCUCGAAAACUGGAGCGAUUCCAACAGUGGCCCAAACUUUGUCAUCCGUUGUGCCUCUUUGGGAUACAUCCAAAUUUUCUCCGCUACUCACUCCAGAAUUGAAUUGGUUCCCGCUGAUUUAACCAUAGCUGCUCUAAUAGCAACCGCCUGGGAUGUUUACUGCAACCAGGACAAAGACAAGCUUCCCAUUUACAAUUAUGUCACCUCAAAUGACAAUUCUCUCACGAUUUGUGAAUUAUUUUCAGUCGUUUGUCUUCAACUUCGAAAUUACCCUUCGAACAAGGCUGUCUGGGUUCCAAAUUUUCGAACAGUAGAAGGAUCUCCCAUGGUCUAUUUUUUCAUUUUCUGCUACCACAUGAUUCUAGGGCUGAUACUAGAUUUUCUUCGGUUGCUUUGUUUUCAGAAGCCUAAAAUUUUUAUGGUCAUGUUAAAAACACAAUUAAUUAUAAAGGACUUGUACUACUUUAGUGUUCGAGAGUGGAACUUCUCAAACAAAAAUGUCAAAGAUAUGUGGGGGCAAAUGAACGAAGUUGAUAAACACUUGUUUAACUUUGAUAUGGGAUCUGUGCAGUGGAUUUAUUAUCUGAGGAACUAUUUUAAGGGACUGAGGGUGUAUUUGAUGAAAGAGACCUUGGAGGCAGUACCAGAAGCCAAAACUAGAAUGAAAAGGUUGGAAUUUUUGCAGUAUGUCGUGCAUUUUCUAGUGAUUUUUUUUGGAAUAAGCACCAUUUUGAUGUUACUGUCGAAUCUUUAUUGUUAGUUGUGAUUGUAAGAUACUUAUAACUAAUAACAUUGCUACAUUUUCCUUGAUAAACAAGAAUAGUAACUGA